UGUUUUGUGGAUGUGUUUGAUGUAAAAUUAUGUGUGCGACAAUCUAGUGCAUAUUCCUGUGAGCGUAUAGUACUCACAGGCGGGAGUAAUAGCGGUCAAAUUGGAUCCCAUCGAGGAGGGGCCGUCUGUAGGGGAGUAUCUUUUGGUGAGGGAGGGUAGCGCUGAGAGAUAGAUGCUGGAAUUUCUGCAUACUCGCGUGGCGUUCAACAAAAUUGCUUAUAGAGGGAGAGCGGUUUAUUCCUGCGAAACAUUGCCCUCGUCUCUUCUUUGACAACUCCAGGUGGCGAGCUCAGCUCUGGUACCCCAAGAUGGCGCAGCGGACUGGGCAGGAGGACCCGGAGCGAUACCUGUUCGUAGAUCGAGCGGUAGUCUACAACCCGGCCACGCAGGCCGACUGGACGGCCAAGAAGCUGGUGUGGAUCCCCUCAGAGAGGCAUGGAUUUGAGGCGGCCGGCAUACGCGAGGAGCGUGGUGAGGAGGUGAUGGUGGAGCUGGCAGAGAAUGGCAAAAAGGCAGUGGUGAACAAGGACGACAUCCAGAAGAUGAACCCGCCCAAGUUCAGCAAGGUGGAGGACAUGGCCGAGCUCACUUGUCUCAACGAGGCCUCCGUGCUGCACAACCUGAAGGACCGCUACUACUCCGGCCUCAUCUAUACAUACUCCGGACUCUUCUGCGUGGUCAUCAACCCUUACAAGAACCUGCCCAUCUACUCUGAGAACAUCAUUGAGAUGUACCGGGGCAAGAAGCGGCACGAGAUGCCCCCGCACAUCUACGCCAUCUCCGAGGCUGCCUACCGGUGCAUGCUUCAAGAUCGAGAGGACCAAUCCAUCCUGUGCACGGGCGAGUCUGGUGCAGGUAAGACGGAGAACACCAAAAAGGUCAUCCAGUACCUGGCCCAUGUCGCCUCCUCGCACAAAGGACGAAAAGACCACAUUCCUCCUGAUUCGCCUAAGCCAAUGAAGUUCCAGGGCGAAUUGGAGCGGCAGCUUCUGCAAGCCAAUCCCAUUCUCGAGUCCUUUGGGAAUGCCAAGACGGUGAAAAACGACAACUCGUCACGUUUUGGAAAAUUCAUCAGAAUCAACUUUGAUGUCACCGGCUACAUUGUCGGAGCCAACAUCGAGACUUACCUUCUGGAAAAAUCCAGAGCCAUACGCCAGGCCAAAGAUGAGCGGACGUUCCACAUCUUCUACCAGCUGCUUGCUGGAGCAGGGGAGCAUCUGAAAUCUGACCUGCUCUUAGACGGCUUCAGUAGCUACCGCUUCCUCUCCAACGGCAACGUGCCCAUUCCAGGCCAACAGGACAAGGACAACUUCCAGGAGACCAUGGAGGCCAUGCACAUCAUGACCUUCAAUCACGAGGAGAUCGUCGCCAUGCUUAAAGUGGUCUCAGCAGUGCUGCAGUUUGGCAACGUCGUCUUCAAGAAGGAGAGGAACACAGAUCAGGCCUCCAUGCCCGAGAACACAGCUGCUCAGAAGCUCUGUCACCUGCUGGGCUUGAACGUCAUGGAGUUCACCCGCGCCAUUCUGAGUCCCCGCAUCAAGGUUGGCAGGGACUACGUGCAGAAAGCCCAGACCAAAGAGCAGGCUGACUUCGCCGUGGAGGCCCUGGCCAAGGCCACAUACGAGCGCCUGUUCCGCUGGCUGGUGCACCGCCUCAACAAGGCCCUGGACCGCACCAAGCGCCAGGGGGCCUCCUUCAUCGGCAUCCUGGACAUCGCCGGCUUCGAGAUCUUUGAGCUGAAUUCCUUUGAGCAGCUCUGCAUCAACUACACCAACGAGAAGCUGCAGCAGCUCUUCAACCACACCAUGUUCAUCCUGGAGCAGGAGGAGUACCAGAGGGAGGGCAUCGAGUGGAGCUUCAUCGACUUUGGCCUGGACCUGCAGCCCUGCAUCGAUCUCAUUGAGAGGCCGAACAACCCCCCAGGAGUGCUGGCCCUGCUGGACGAGGAGUGUUGGUUCCCCAAGGCCACCGACAGGACGUUUGUGGACAAGGUGCUGCAGGAGCAGGGCACGCACUCCAAGUUUCAGAAGCCACGCCAGCUCAAGGACAAGGCCGACUUCUGCAUCAUUCACUACGCCGGACGGGUUGACUACAAAGCGGAUGAGUGGCUAAUGAAGAACAUGGACCCUCUCAAUGACAACGUGGCCACAUUGCUGCACCAGUCCACGGACAAGUUUGUGGCAGAGCUGUGGAAGGAUGUGGACCGGAUCGUGGGCCUGGACCAGGUGGCCGGUAUGAACGAGACGACGGCCUUCGGCGCCGCCUACAAGACCAAGAAGGGGAUGUUCCGCACGGUCAGCCAGCUCUACAAGGAGCAGCUGUCCAAGCUCAUGGCCACACUCCGCAACACCAACCCCAACUUUGUGCGCUGCAUCAUCCCCAACCACGAGAAACGGGCGGGUAAGCUGGACCCGCACCUGGUUCUGGACCAGCUGAGGUGCAAUGGUGUGCUGGAGGGAAUCCGUAUCUGCAGACAGGGCUUCCCCAACCGCAUUGUCUUCCAGGAGUUCAGGCAGAGAUACGAGAUCCUCACUCCUAAUGCCAUUCCCAAGGGCUUCAUGGAUGGCAAGCAGGCCUGUGAAAGAAUGAUACAAGCCCUGGAGCUGGACCAGAACCUCUUCCGCAUCGGCCAGAGUAAGAUCUUCUUCCGGGCCGGGGUCCUGGCCCACCUGGAGGAGGAGCGCGACCUCAAGAUCACCGACAUCAUCAUCUACUUCCAGUCCGCCUGUAGAGGUUACCUGGCUCGAAAGGCCUUUGCCAAGAAGCAGCAGCAGCUCAGUUGCCUGAAAAUCCUGCAGAGGAACUGUGCUGCCUACCUGAAGCUGCGCCACUGGCAGUGGUGGCGCCUCUUCACUAAGGUGAAGCCUCUUCUGCAGGUGACCCGGCAGGAGGAGGAGAUGCAGGCCAAGGACGAGGAGCUGGCAAAGGUCAAGGAGAAGCAGUGCAAGGUGGAGGGGGAGCUGGUGGAGAUGGAGAGGAAGCACCAGCAGCUGGUGGAGGAGAAGAACAUCCUGGCCGAGCAGCUGCAGGCUGAGACGGAGCUGUUUGCCGAGGCGGACGAGAUGCGAGCACGGCUGGUUGCCAAGAAGCAAGAGCUGGAGGAGAUCCUGCACGACCUGGAGUCCCGCGUGGAGGAGGAGGAAGAGAGGAACCAGUCUCUUCAGAACGAGAAGAAGAAGAUGCAGUCUCACAUCCAGGACUUGGAAGAGCAGCUGGAUGAGGAGGAGGCAGCUCGGCAGAAGCUGCAGCUGGAGAAAGUGACAGCUGAGGCCAAGAUCAAGAAGUUUGAGGAAGACAUUUUGUUGCUUGAGGACCAGAACUCCAAGUUCUUGAAGGAAAAGAAACUUCUAGAAGACCGUAUCAACGAGAUGACCUCCACGCUGGCUGAAGAAGAAGAGAAGGCCAAGAACCUGGGCAAGACCAAAAACAAGCAAGAGAUGAUGAUGGUGGACCUGGAGGAGCGCCUAAAGAAGGAGGAGAAGACCAGGCAGGAGCUGGAGAAGGCCAAGCGGAAGCUGGAUGGCGAGACCACAGACUUUCAGGACCAAAUCGCCGAGCUGCAGGCCCAGAUUGAGGAGCUGAAGCUCCAGCUGGCCAAGAAGGAGGAGGAGCUCCAGGCCAUGCAGGCCAGAGGGGAUGAGGAGGUGACCCAGAGGAACAACGCUCUGAAGCAGGUGCGGGAGCUGCAGGCUCAGCUGGCGGAGCUGCAGGAGGACCUGGAGUCGGAGCGCGCCUCCCGCAACAAGGCCGAGAAGCUCAAGAGGGACCUGAGCGAGGAGCUGGAGGCCCUCAAGACUGAGCUGGAGGACACACUGGACACCACCGCCGCCCAGCAGGAGCUCAGGACUAAGCGUGAGCAGGAGGUGACGGAGCUGAAGAAGGCCAUCGACGAGGAGACCAAGAACCACGAGGCCCAGAUCCAGGAGAUGCGUCAGCGCCACUCCACCGCCCUGGAGGAGCUCUCCGAGCAGCUGGAGCAGGCCAAGAGGUUCAAGGCGAACCUGGAGAAGAACAAGCAGAGCCAGGAUAGCGUGAACAAGGAGCUGGCCAUCGAGCUGAAGGGAGUGCAGCAGGCCAAGACCGAGUCGGAGCACAAGCGCAAGAAGAUGGAGGGACAGCUGCAGGAGUUCAUGGCCCGCGCCACCGAGGGCGAGAGGGCCAAGGGCGAGCUGGCUGACCGCACACACAAACUGCAGACGGAGCUGGACAGCGUGUCUACUCUGCUGGAGGAUGCUGAGAGGAAGGGAAUCAAGAUGGCCAAGGAAGUGUCCAGUCUGGAGAGCCAGCUGCAGGACACACAGGAGCUGCUGCAGGAGGAGACGCGUCAGAAGCUGAACCUGAGCAGCCGUGUCCGGCAGCUGGAGGAGGAGAAGGGCGGCCUGGUGGAGCAGCAGGAGGAGGAGGAGGAGGCGCGCAAGAACCUGGAGAAACAGCUGGCCGCCCUACAGGCCCAGCUGGUGGAGUCCAAGAAGAAGCUGGAGGACGACGUGGGCGCGCUGGAGGGCCUGGAGGAGGUGAAGAAGAAGCUGCAGAAGGACAUGGAGUGCACCAGCCAGCGGCUGGAGGAGAAGGCGCUGGCCUUCGACAAGAUGGAGAAGACCAAGACCCGGCUGCAGCAGGAGCUGGACGACCUCACCGUGGACCUGGACCACCAGAGGCAGAUCGUCUCCGGCCUGGAGAAGAAGCAGAAGAAGUUCGACCAGAUGCUGGCUGAGGAGAAGUCCAUCUCGGCGCGCUACGCUGACGAGCGGGACCGAGCGGAGGCAGAGGCCCGAGAGAAGGAGACGAAGUCACUGUCUCUGACCCGGGCGCUGGACGAGGCCCUGGAGGCCAAGGAGGAGUUUGAGCGGCUCAACAAGCAGCUGCGCGCCGAGAUGGAGGACCUGAUGAGCUCCAAGGACGACGUGGGCAAGAACGUCCAUGAGCUGGAGAAGUCCAAGCGCACCAUGGAGCAGCAGCUGGAGGAGAUGCGCACUCAGCUGGAGGAGCUGGAGGACGAGCUGCAGGCCACCGAGGACGCCAAGCUCAGGCUGGAGGUCAACAUGCAGGCCAUGAAGGCUCAGUACGAGAGAGACCUGCAGGGCCGCGACGACCAGAACGAUGAGAAGAAGAGGCUACUGGUCAAACAGGUGCGGGAGAUGGAGGCCGAGCUGGAGGACGAGCGCAAGCAGAGAGCGCUGGCCGUGGCCGCCAAGAAGAAGCUGGAGAUGGACCUCAAAGACCUGGAGUCUCACAUCGAAGGGGCUAACAAGGCCCGCGACGAGGCCAUCAAGCAGCUGCGCAAGCUCCAGGCCCAGAUGAAGGACUACCAGAGGGAGCUGGAGGACGCGCGCGCCUCCCGAGACGAGAUCUUCACCCAGUCCAAGGAGAACGAGAAGAAGCUCAAGACCCUGGAGGCCGAGAUUCUUCAGCUGCACGAGGACCUGGCCGCAUCCGAGAGGGGCCGUCGGCACGCGGAGCAGGAGCGGGACGAGCUGUCAGACGAGAUCGCAAACAGCACCUCUGGGAAGUCUGCCCUCAUGGAUGAGAAGAGGAGGUUGGAAGCUCGCAUUGCCCAGCUGGAGGAGGAGCUCGAGGAAGAGCAGGGCAACAUGGAGCUGCUCAAUGACCGCUUCCGCAAGACCACCAUGCAGGUGGACACACUGACCACGGAGCUGGCGGGGGAGCGCAGCGUGGCCCAGAAGAGCGAGAACGCCCGGCAGCAGCUGGAGCGCCAGAACAAGGAGCUGAAGGCCAAGCUGCAGGAGCUGGAGGGCUCCAUCAAGAGCCGCUUCAAGGCCUCCAUCGCCGCCCUGGAGGCCAAGAUCCUGCAGCUCGAGGAGCAGCUGGAGCAGGAGGCUAAGGAGAGGUCCGCGGCCAAUAAGAUUGUGAGACGGACGGAGAAGAAGCUCAAGGAGGUGUGCAUGCAGGUGGAGGACGAGCGUCGCCAUGCCGACCAGUACAAAGAGCAGAUGGAGAAGGCCAACUCGCGCAUGAAGCAGCUGAAGCGUCAGCUGGAGGAGGCGGAGGAGGAGGCCACGCGCGCCAACGCCUCCCGCAGGAAGCUGCAGAGAGAGCUGGACGACGCCACCGAGGCUAGCGAGGGCCUGAGCCGCGAGGUCAACACACUCAAGAGCCGCCUCAGGCGCGGGGGUCCCAUCAGCUUCUCGUCGUCGGGCCGCUCGGGCCGGAGGCAGCUGCACGUGGAGGGCACGUCCCUGGACAUGUCCGACGACGAUCUGGACAGCCGGGCCAGCGACGCAGCCAACGCCAACGACACCACGGCCCCCCAGGCCAACAACCAUCAGCAACCACAGCAACAGCAGCAGCAGCAGCAGCCCCAACCCCAGCAGCAGCAGCAGCAGCAGCAGCAGCCCUAGACCUGAGGCCGAGGCCCAGAAGAGAGACCCCUCAGCAGGCAUGCAGCAUGGCCUCUCCCCGCCGCCACCACCCCUGACCCCAGACGCAGGCGCUGCCUCUAGAAACCCAACAGAUCCUCCGCUUCCUAGUGGUGUCUGCACGGACCGCCACUCUGCCUUACCAGACCCCCUCCCCCCAUCAUCUGUCACACACAGUCAUAGCACACUACAGCAAGCUGCAGGGCCAAGAAAAAGAAAACAAUUAUAUAUUUCUCUUUCUCUCUUUCUCUCUCUAGAUCUGUCUUGUAUGCAUAGCAUUGGAAUAGUAUGCUUGGAUCUAGACUGAAAUAUAUUUUCAAAGUGCAUUUCUAAAACUAGUAUGUGUGUAGGCACUCGGAUGAAUAGUUAAGAGGGGUCUUUCGUUUUUCUAUCAUUAUUAUUAUUAUUAUUAUUAUUAUUAUUUUGUUUUCCAUUUUCUUUGUGUGUGCGUGUGUGUUCUUCUUUCCUCCCUCAAUCUGCCUGCAAAACUUGUUUGGCUCAUUUAACCUUGCCUGGAUUUAUUUAUCUUAAAGGCUAGAUUGCACAUGGCCCCCAAAGUCUAUGCUUUCAUAGAAUGCUAUGUUGGACCUGAAUGCUCAGCCUGUGACCAGUUUAUUAGGCACAUGAGAAACCAGCUCACUGAGGGAACAAUCUUAGAGAUGAAAUAUUUUGCAAAAGGAUCAGUUACUCUCUUGUUACAGUUUAAAUGUAGAUUACUACAAAAAAGUAGGGCAAAACACAGAACAGCUCAGUUGUGUUGGAAAUAUGUGGAAUUUGCAGGUGAGUACUGACAGCCCCUCCGCAAAAUGGUAGUCAGUACUAGCUGAAUGAAACCUUUAAAAUAGUUCUGCUUCAAAGUAUUGGAUUGCAAAGAUACAGGUGUAGUCUAAGGUCUAACGAUUUGGGGAAAAUAUCUAAUUGCGAUUUUUCGAAUAGAUAUUAAGAUUUUAUUUAUGAUAUCCUUUUUGAAAGUCAAGCUUCAGUACAAUAUUCCAAAUGUUAUUUUGAAUUGGACAACUUAUUGGUUGGUGAGCAUGCCAAGUGCAUGAAAAGCACAGCAAUCCUGUUAAGUGAGCUUCACUGCCUGUCACACAAGGUGGAUGACAGGAACAUAAAAGCAUAGAUGUGACUAGAUUAACUAUUGGGGCAGAGUUGCAAGCUUCUCAUAGCCUUUACAAUGGUUCAAAUUGCGAUUUCCAGUAAAAAGGUAUUUACUGUCCUGUGAGUUUAGACUGAUUUCUUCCCUUCUCCUAAAUCACCAGGUUUGGGAGUGGGCUCAUUAGAACAGUCACUUAAGAAUGAUGCAAUGGUCAGUAAUUGCGAAUGUCUUUACAAUCAUGGUCCAUUCCUUGUAAUUUGACGUUUGUUUUCUUGAUCUAAAAGCAUGCACCUGUGAAUGCUUUGUUUUCACAAUUGCCCGUGUCCAGUCCAUUACUUUAAAGUACAAGAACCCACUCAGAUGAGCGGGAGGAAGCAAUGUUUUGUUUUUCAUUGCAGUUCAAUUUUGUACCAACACAACUUGAUCGCAAAUUACAGAUCAAUGUUGUUUUAGGAUUAUCAAAUCAUGGGUUCUUACCCUUCACCUUUGCAUAUGCUAUACACGUAUGCAUAUUGUAAAUAGUAUUACGAGGACGUAAAGCCCAUACCUGUGAUCUGUUGAGGCAUUUAUGUGUUAUUGAGAGAAAUAUUACAUUUUUGGAAAAUGUCUAUACUAAUUUCUCUUUUUGAAAAGUGCCUUAGCCACUCAAGAAAGCAAUUAGUGAGGUCAGGUCAGAUCAUGAUUUUCAAUGUGAGCACAGUAUGACCAGAACCGAGGGGUGGGGGGGUGUAUCAGAGGAUUAAACCAAUUCUAUUUUUUUAUUUAGCUUUGUGUCACAUCGUAGCAUAUCUACCUUUCAGUAAUUAAUUGUUACCUGAUAGCUACCAUGUUCUAAAAUCUGUGUUAAUAAGGUGAAACAUUGAGCCUUCUGUCUCCUUAGCAAGAUGAAGUGUUUGAUUUGGUUAAAAGCUUUAACAUCCACAAAGUUGUUUUAAUUGGACUGGGUGAGUAACCAGGCUCUCAACAAUGACCAUCUCCUUUUGUUUCUUCUAUUCCUGUAAUUCUAGACUUAUUUUUUUGUAAAAGACCAAUAAAUGUAUUCAUUAUAGAAAAUGUCUUGCUUAACUGA